GAAAACAAAUGAACAAAAUGUACACGGACCAGUCUCGACUGGUAGUCAAGUCACAACUGACAAACCAAACCCAUUAAACAGGCGAUUCAGAGGCUCGUGUGAGCUUCGACUGUGCUCAUAUCAGGACGAACAUCCGGAGGUAACGAGAGGAACCAUCAUGUUGAGUGCAUCCACAGGAAAGACCAUGCCAAGCUUGGGUUCCCUGUGCGGUCCGGUUUGCAGAUAACCAGUGACUGUAACAUGAGGACCGGUGGAGAAUGACAUCCCAUUGUUACAGAGAGCCAUUGAAAAUGAAGAGGGUGAACGGAUACGUGAUCAUUUAUUUAGCAUCCGUGAUUAGUUUCUGUGCAGCAGGGGCUUUGAACAUCACAGCGGUGGAUGGAGAGGGAGGAGAGAACAGGACGGAGGCCAACGGUGCAGGUUCGAUCCCUGUGGUGGUCACCAAGACCAGCCAGAUCAUCGCCCGUGAGGGAAACUGCGCUUUAAUUGACUGUAAUGUCACCGGUGACCCUUUCCCUAAUGUCCAGUGGUUCAACUCACACGGACACCUGCUCGACACAAAGAAAAGUGAUGGUAAAUGGUGGAUUCUGGACAGCGGCGUCCUCAACAUCACCAGCAUCACGUUUGCAGACCGCGGGAAAUACACGUGCGUGGCGUCCAACUCUCAUGGCACGGCCAACUGCACGGUGACCCUCCGCGUGGUCUUCACCAACGGAGACAUGGGCGUUUACUACAUGGUGGUGUGUCUGGUGACGUUCACCAUCAUAAUGAUCCUCAACAUCACGCGCCUCUGCAUGAUGAGCAGCCAUCUCAAGAAAACCGAGAAGGCCAUCAACGAAUUCUUCCGCACGGAAGGUGCAGAAAAACUCCAAAAGGCCUUCGAGAUCGCAAAGCGCAUUCCCAUCAUCACCUCGGCGAAAACGCUGGAGCUAGCGAAAGUCACGCAGUUCAAAACCAUGGAGUUUGCGCGCUACAUCGAGGAGUUAGCGCGCAGCAUCCCGCUCCCGCCGCUAAUCAUGAACUGCCGCACAUUCAUGGAGGAGAUCCUGGAAGUGGUCGGCGUGGAGGAAAUGAGACACACUUUUGUUCGGCAAGCCCCCGAGAGUCUCGAUGGACACGGCGCGGUGGCCGCUAGCAACCCUGCUGAUGUUUUUACUAUUUUGCGCGAGCGUGAGCGCAGCGAGUCUCCAGCCGCAGACUCAGACGACGCCUCGCUUCACGAGCAGCCUCAACACAUCGCCAUUCAGGUUUCGGUUCAUCCGCAGUUAACAUCACCAGGAUGCUGUAACAUAGAAGCCCCACCCCUUUCUGAAAUAGGCUCCACCUCUCCACCCCCAUUGGCUCAGCUGCCUCUGGUGGAGGAGUCUGUUGAGCAGGAAAACAAGGAGGAGUCUGUUCAAGAGGGUGGUGCUACAAAGAAAACCCAAGUCAUUUAUGAAAGCCAUGUGUAAUAUCCUGAAGGAAGGAUUAUGACCUCGCUAUGCAUUUGCUUUGGGGCAAGAAAAGGUCAAGGUUUGUGUUUUUGUUCUUUUCAGAAGAAAUUGCUUUCUAUUUAGUCAUCUUAAAACAAGAUGAAGAGCUGCGUUUUUGUGUUUGAUCUCUCGAAACUCGAAUGUUCGGUUCAUAUUUCACCUUGAAAUCAAUUGGGGAAAAAAUUCGUAGUUGAAUUUUUUUUGCUUAAACACAAUAAAUAAAACCCAUAGAUUGUUUUUUGCAUUGAAUUGGGAAAUUUUCAUUACAAUCGUUUAGAUUUAACCCUUUUUUUCCCCCAAAAAAAGUUAUUGCAAAUUUGCAAUUUGUAAAAUGCAGUUUUUGGUGCUGUAUAUAGUUAAAGAAUUUCUAAAAAUAUACAUUUAAAAUGUAUUUAAGCAUUUAUAUUCGUUCAGUGCUAUCAUUUGCAAAAAUAAAAAUACAAGAAAAUCGAUGCAGACUUGCAUUAGCAUUUUGAAUUAUGAGAUGAUCGCUAAAAAGUCACAAUCCAGAUCUAUUGCAUUGAAUUGUGGCAUUUUAACAGAUGUUUCCCGAAAGUUAUAACAAUGCAUAAAAUGUUGUUCCUGUCACUAGGGGUGUAACGGAUCACAAAUCUCACGGUUCGGAUCACAUUAUGGUUUUGUAGUCACGGAUCAGCCAUGUUUCGGAUCAGCCAAAAAGGGAGGAGACAAAUGUCAUUUGCAUUUCAUUUAUUACACAAACAAAACUCUGCAAGAAACUUUUGGAUUUAAC